AUGAAAUCUCUCGGCCGGACGCGGGACAUAGUUCCCCGGCUCGGACGGAGCAUCGUGCGUGGUACGCGAGACGUUGCGCGGCCGCGAGGCUUACUUCCCGGCUCGCGCGGCGUGGCGUGGCGGUUGUGGCGUGGCCGACCGCGGGCAGUUUCCCGGGUCGUGAUGCGUGAUCGGCCGAGCGGUUUUGGACUUUGGCCGAGACUUCAGACGGACGGACACAGUUUUGGCCGAGCGCGGAACAUCGUUCCUCGGCCAGCCGGACUGCGCGGUUGGGCGCUGUUUCUCGAUAGAGCCGUCUGGACAGUCUUCACUCUUUUGGUAUAA